UUCUGUUCUGCAUUUAUUAUAGUCCACUUGCACUGGGAAGUGGGGCUUCUGUACAAUUAUGAAAACAACAGCGGCAUAGCAAAAUAGGAGCUUUAAUUGAAUAUUCUCUAUCUUUAGAUUGUUAUUCAAGGAUGCAGUCACGGAUUUUAUGCAAUGGCACAGUCGCCGCUGUUGCCGCCAGAAGAAUGCGAAACAUUUUGGGGACUGUCAUGGGAAAAGGAGGCUGGAGAUGCAGCGCACAUGAGGUCAAACUCCUUAACACGUCGUCAGGUGGUACGGUGAAAAUAGGUGAAAUCUCAUUUCAGUUGAAAGCGCCCAGAAACCCAGAACUUGUGCCAGUCAACCACAUGACAGAGUCAAUAUCGCCGACUGUGGUUCAGCAUCUCCGCUGGAUCAUGCAGAAGGACCUUCUGGGCCAGGAUGUGUUCCUCAUUGGGCCACCUGGUCCUCUUCGUCGCUCCAUUGCCAUGCAGUAUCUGGAGCUGACCAAGAGGGAAGUGGAGUACGUGGCCCUGUCUCGGGACACCACAGAAACGGACCUGAAACAGCGCCGGGAGAUCAGGGCCGGAACUGCAUUUUACAUAGACCAGUGUGCGGUGCGAGCUGCAACUCAGGGCCGCAUCCUGGUCCUGGAGGGGCUGGAGAAGGCUGAGCGCAACGUGCUUCCGGUGCUGAACAACCUGCUGGAGAACAGGGAGAUGCAGCUGGAGGACGGCCGCUUCCUCAUGUCCGCGCAGCGCUACGACAAGCUGCUGCAGGAGCACUCGAAGGAGGAGCUGGAUGCGUGGAAGAUCGUGCGUGUGAGCGAGGACUUCCGCGUCAUCGCCCUGGGGCUUCCUGUCCCACGGUACACCGGGAACCCCCUCGAUCCGCCGCUGAGAUCCCGUUUUCAGGCCAGAGACAUCUACUACCUUCCCUUCAAGGAUCAGCUAGAAAUUCUGUACAGCAUCGGACCAAAUGUCGCCACGGAUAAAGUCUCACAGCUGCUGUCCUUUGCCACCACCCUCUGCUCCCAAGAAUCCUCCAGCCUGGGUCUUCCCGACUUCCCUGUGGACAACCUUCCCUCCGCCAUUAAAGUCUUCGACCUGUUCCCCAUGAUGUCUUGCCAGCAGCUGAUCCAACGACUCUACCCAUAUGAGGUCAUGUUGGGCGAGGAGGGCCUCAGAGCAGUGGAGGGGGUAUUAACUAAUCGCUUUGAACUCCUUGACUCCAGACAGCAGCCCAGUCCCACCAGGGUGGUAAGCGUGGAGUCCUUAAACCGGGACCAGACUGGCUAUGCAGCUGUCACCCUGCGUGUGUCUGACAAGGACGUCACCCUCCAGGUUCCGGCAGGAUCCCGUCAACCUCGCACCCCCGACCGCAGCCCCAGCUUCAUCAGCACCCCCACCCACGCCCGCCUUCUGGCUGAGAUGAUGCAGUCCCACAUGGUCAAGGAUAUGUGCCUUAUGGGGGCCAAGGGUUGUGGCAAGUCUGUCAUCGCCAAGGAAUUUGCGGAGAUGCUGGGGUACAGCACUGAACCUGUAAUGCUAUAUCAGGACAUGACUGGCCGGGAUCUCCUCCAGCAGAGGUACACUUUGCCCAAUGGGGACACGGCAUGGAGAGUCUCCCCGCUGGUCAGUGCAGCACGAGAAGGCAAGCUGGUCCUGCUGGAUGGCAUCCACAGGGUCAACCUGGGCACCCUGGCUGUGCUCUCCAGGUUAAUCCACGACCGAGAGCUGGCCCUCUAUGACGGUACCAGGCUCUUGAGGUCCGACCGGUACCAGAUUCUGAAAGAGGAGAUGAAGAUGUCUGACUCGGAGAUGGAGCAGCGGUCCAUCUUCCCCAUCCACCCGUCCUUCCGCCUGCUCGCCCUGGCUGAGCCCCCGGUCCAAGGCAGCCGCGGCCAGCAGUGGCUGAACCCGGAGAUUCUCACCAUGUUCUUCUUCCACACCGUGAAGCCCCUGGACGUGGCCGAGGAGACCUCCAUCAUCCAGGGGAUGACACCGAAUGCCCCAGUAGAGGCAGUGCAGCACUUACUGCAUCUCACUCACAGCUUGAGAAAAACAAAUGACCCAACAGCCCAAUCCUUGGCGUCUUCUCUGUCCACCAGGCAGCUCUUGAGAAUCUGCCGACGUCUGUCCCAGCACCCCGAGGAGACGGUUGCCCAUGCUGUGAACAAGGCCUGCCUUUCCAGGUUCCUCCCCAGCCUGGCUCGUUCGGCCUUACAGAAGAACCUGGCCAACUGUUCUAUCGAGGACGGGCCGGACCCUGGCAGCACACAAAACCUGGACCUCAGCUGUGAAAUAAAAGAUGGGAUUCUGAGGAUCGGAAAGGUUUCCGUUCCGGUACAUGAUCCCCACGAAAAAAUGAAGGUUCCUGAUGUCCUGUUUUACGAAAAUGAGCAGCACAUGACAGUGAUGGAGGACAUGCUGAAAGACUUCCUGAUGGGGGAACACCUGUUAUUGGUCGGGAACCAGGGUGUUGGGAAGAACAAGAUUGUAGACCGAUUUCUGCAUUUAAUGAACCGACCAAGAGAAUACCUGCAGCUUCACAGAGACACUACAGUUCAGACGCUCACACUGCAGCCCUCCGUGCGAGACGGAAUUAUCAUUUAUGAAGAUUCACCCCUGGUGAGAGCCGUAAAGAUGGGCCACAUCCUGGUCAUCGACGAGGCGGACAAAGCGCCCACCCAUGUCACCUGCAUCCUGAAGACUCUGGUGGAGAACGGAGAGAUGAUUCUCGCCGACGGCAGGCGAAUCGUUUCGAAUCCCAGAGACGCAGAGGAGAGGCCCAACAUCAUUGUGAUGCAUCCUGAUUUCAGGAUGAUGGUGUUGGCCAACAGACCUGGCUUUCCAUUCCUGGGAAAUGACUUCUUUGGUGCACUAGGAGACAUCUUCAGCUGCCAUGCUGUGGACAACCCCAAGCCCCAUGCAGAGCUAGCUAUGCUGAAACAAUACGGGCCCAACGUCCCAGACGCUGUCCUGCAGAAGCUGGUGGCCACCUUUGGAGAGCUGAGGGCGAUGGCAGACCAGGGGACCAUCACGUACCCUUACUCUACCAGGGAGGUGGUCAACAUCGUUAAACAUCUGCAGAAAUUUCCAGAUGAAGGACUGGCCAACGUGGUACGCAACGUCUUCGACUUCGACUCCUACAACAAGGAGACGCGGGAGAUCCUGAUCACGGCCUUACACAAGCACGGCAUUCCAGUCGGGGCCAAGCCGACCAGUGUGAACCUGGCUAAGGAGUUAGCAUUACCCGAGUGCCGGAUGACGGGAUACUGGACCAUUAACCAGUCUGGGAGUGCCAGGCACAAGCUGCUGUGUCCCACAGAGUCCAGCCCAAUCGAUGUGAAGGGCCCAGCGUAUCUGCGAGUCCAGGCAUACCCCCUUGAGAGGCAUGAAUCCAGAGCACUGAGCUUCAGCGAGGAGCAAAGCCAUUGGCAGAUCCCCAUCAAUGACGUCAACAUAAUCUGUGACGUCACCACUGACAAAGAUUCUAUAUACGUGGCUACGUGCAACCCAGUGUCCCUAUAUGCCAUGAGGGCAAGCGGAGACACCAUCCACUACAUGGACCUAUAUGAUGUCUUCCCCCGCACUCUCAGUGGCGUCUGGCAACCCUUCGUCACUGUGGCUGCACUAGGCAACCCGCUGGAAGGCCAGAUGGUGUUGCACGAGGAGCAGAGUAACACCGUCUUGUACCUGGACCUGGUAACAGGGGCUGUACGUCGCCUGCUGCUAUCUCAGGAGAAGGAAGAACCAUCCAAGAAAUCUUCUAAUUGGUGGAUGAGCAAGGAGAAUCGGCCAUUUAAAAUGUGCCGAGAAUUUGCCCAUAAAAACUGGCUCCUGUUCUACAGAGAAGACAGUAAUCGGCUGGAUGUGUUGGAUGUCCUGGAAGGCCGACUCCACACGAUCUCCCUGCCUGUAAAGCUUAAGGCCGUCUUUCUGGUAGCCGAGGACCGAUGGCUGAUCAUCGAGAACAAGACUGACAAGAAGUUCCUGUUAACCAAGCCUAUGCACAUGGGAGCAGAGGAUUCUGGGAUUUGUCAGCUGCACGCUGUCACUGAGGAUGCUGUCAGCACUGGUUUUGGGAUGACCUCAGGGGUAGAAAGGGAUGUUCCCCAAGAAAUUUCCAGUGACCAACUGCCCUCUGAGAAUCUGAGUUCAGCUCUGGGACAGAAAAUCUCCUCUCCCAAUCGAGUGCUGUCUGACGCCGGCUCCUUCGCCACACUAAUAGUGGGCUUCCCUGACCUCAUGUCACCCAAUGAAAUCUACAGCAUUAAGAGGAAGUCACGCCUGAGCACUGAGACGGGGGCAGACAUGUUCUUCAGUGGGAGUCGUCGUUCAGGACCAGCCAAGAGGGUGAAUUGCGUGACCCUUCUGGCAGCCAAUCAGGUGGUGCGAGCCCUGCCCCCUGGGGACGUGCCCCUGGCUGACAUCUACCCCAAAGACGUCACUCCCCCAAUGAGUGAAGCCUAUUUGGAAGUGACAGACCUCAACUCCAAGAAGGUCAAGUACAUUCCAGUUCCAAGGUCCAUGACACUCUCUCCCUACACCAGCUGGUUGUCCAAGGUGUCUGACACGGACAUACUCCUGGCUCCAAUGGGAAACUCUGGAGUUGUGACAGUGGACAUGGGCGGCUGUCUCCGGCUUUGGGAAACUGGGCUGGACAACUUACAGCGCUCCCUGCUGGAGUGGAGGCGCAUGAUUGGCACAGAAGAUGGCAGGCCAGUGCAGAUUACCAUUCAGAGGGACAGCGGGUUGGACGUGAGCUCCCCAAAGCACGGCAAGGUCGACCCCAGGAAUGCCCCCCACGUAGGAGGGAACCAGUGGGCGGGAGGCACAGGGGGCAGAGACACGGCCGGGCUCGGGGGGAUGGGUGGCCCUUACCGCCUGGAUGCCGGCCACACGGUGUUCCAGGUGUCAGAGGCUGAGAAAGACGCUGUUCCGGAGGAGGUGAAGAGGGCAGCACGGGAGAUGGCCCAAAAGGCUUUUAAAGAAAGACUGCAGGAGAUCCAGAUGAGUGAGUACGACGCAUCCACAUACGAGCGCUUCUCGGGGGCGGUCCGGCGGCAAGUCCAGUCUUUGCGGAUCAUCUUGGACAGUCUGCAGGCCAAGGGUAAGGAGAGACAGUGGCUCAAAAACCAGGCUUUAGGAGAACUGGACGAUGCAAAGAUCAUCGACGGCUUGACGGGCGAGAAGGCCAUCUAUAAACGGCGGGGAGAGCUGGAGCCUGAGCUUGGCACCCCACAGCAGAAACCCAAGCGACUCAGGCUCCUGGCCGACGUGUCAGGCAGCAUGUACCGCUUCAACGGGGUCGACGGCCGCCUGGAACGUUCCAUGGAGGCUGUCUGCAUGGUGAUGGAGGCCCUGGAGAACUACGAGCACAGGUUCAAAUAUGACAUUGUGGGCCACUCAGGCGAUGGAUUUGACAUCGAGCUCGUAAAAAGUGACAAGAUCCCGAAGAACAACAAAGAGAGACUGAAGGUGCUGAAGACCAUGCAUGCUCACUCUCAGUUCUGCAUGAGUGGGGACUACACCUUGGAGGGCACGGAGCACGCCAUCAAGGAGCUGUCCCGGGAGGAGGCUGACGAGCACUUUGUAAUCGUCCUGAGCGACGCCAACCUGGAGCGCUACGGCAUCAGGCCCGACCGCUUCGCCCAAACGCUAACAAGCGACCCACAAGUUAACGCCUUCGCUAUCUUCAUCGGGUCCCUGGGCGACCAGGCUGAGAGGCUCCAGAAAACGUUGCCGGCAGGACGGUCGUUCGUCGCCAUGGAUACAAAGGAGAUCCCCCAAAUCCUGCAACAGAUCUUCACCUCCACCAUGCUGUCCAGUGCCUGAUAAGGCCCCGCCCCCUUCCUGUGGUCCUUACUACCUCUAAGCUAAAGGCCACACCCACCGAAGUCGGCCGUACCACUGCAGUAUGAGUUACCUGCCUUGACGGAUGUGCAGUAAUCUCUUAUGGAGAAGUCUUUCAGUUACCUUUCUGAUAUUUUUGACUUUAUCAGGAUUUUCGUUGUUGAUACAGAAGUGCCAGGUGUCGUUGAAGUUACUACCAGGCCUAAAUGAAUAAAAAUAGUUUAGUUCUCUGUUUUGCAAUUAACUUUCAACAUUAAUUGAAAUGUAUUAAAUUAUAUAAUUUUCAAACCAUUAGAAAUUUACUCCUUGUGUUACUGAUACAUAUCGAGACUGAAACAUGCAUUCUUUUUCUGUAUUGUGUGUAAAUAUUGUCCAACUUUGUAUUAUUUUAUUGUAUGUACUUUAAGAUAAACAAUGCAAGCUGCAAAAAUGUAUCAAACAAUGAAUUAAUCAUGCAAAUUCUCUUCUGCCAGCUCGCCCUGUAA